AUGUCUGACAAUACUGCAGCCGCUGCACACGAGACCACUCGUCUUCUUUCACCUGCCGAUCGUCAUGAUUGUAGCAAUGCAGCACCCUUCGUCUCGGACAGCAGCUGCGAUGCGGCAAGAGUCGAGGUGGCCGACGAUGCUACUGGUAGGCACAUGCAGCAGACGUGGCUAGACUCAACCACCAAACGUGCCCUCAUCGCCGUGUUUGUCGCAAAUCUGAUGGUCUCGUUCGCCCACUAUGUGGCCAUCAGCUCCAUCAUGGACCUCAUCCGUGGUCUCAGCUGCCAAGAGUACUACUCUCUACGACCGAACCAAUUCGGUCAACCUGGCGUCGAGCGCGACUGCAGCUUGGUCGACAUUCAAGAUCGCACCUCGAUGGUGUUCUCCUACAUGCUGAGCAUCAACAGUUUCAUCUCGUGUCUUUCCGCGCUCUGGCUGGCCCCCUGGCUUCUCCGACGUCUGGGUCUUCGCCUCACCAUGAUCAUCGCUGUUCUUGCCCCAACGGUAGAGCUGUUUGUGCUUGCAAGUGUGCCCAAUCGCUUUCCCCAGAACCAUGGCUGGAUUGGUUCUCCUACAGCAUCCCUCCGCUUCCUUCUCUUGGAAUCUUUGCUCUUUGGUCUAGUGGGAUGCCCCGAUACGUUGAUCGGUAUUGUAUCGCAGUCAAUUGUGCUCGACGCUUCUCCGCCACCUCUGCGCUCUACCUGGCUUGCACGCCUCUCAUCUUGCACCUUUUUGGGCAUGCUUGCUUCUACCCUGCUCCUAAGCACUUUGUCGCUUGACACUUCUCGCGACGAUGUCUCAGACAAGCUACCCAUCUUGCUGGCAGCUCUCAUCUCCACAGCGGCAAUCUUCUGGACCUGUCUGGCGCUGCCAACUCAUUUGCCAAUCAACGGGGCUCAAAAAGACGCCACUGCUCGAUCCACCAAUGUCCAAGAGAGUCAGUCAACAGGCCAAAGCCUCAAGGCUCGGCUCGGCCAAGUGAUGCAACCCCUCCGCCUUUUGAAGCCGAUCGAAAUCUACGACGAAACACAAGACAGUGCGCCGCCACAUGCGCCGUCCCGUCCAACGCGGGAUUGGCGUCUUCCGAAGCUCAUCAUCGCCGCUACGCUGUGCGAUCAAAUUGCCGUGACAACCAAUCUGCAGGUGAUAUACGUUCAGACCCGCUUCGGACUGCAUGCUCAGGAUCUCAGCCGUCUCUUGGGCCUCGUAGGCUUGAUCAAGUGGGUCUACCUUGUCCUGGUCAGCACCGACAAGCUUGUUGCCACAUUGUCGUCGCUCGCCAACAUCAUGAGCACAAUCGGACCCAUCUUGAACGCCAACCUUUACCGGUUCGGCUUGAAGAGGGGCUUUCCAGAGAUUGUCUUUGCCAUGGCAGCUGCCAUCUCGGUCGCCGUGGCCGUGUUGGUAGCUGGAACAAGGCCUUCGAUGCGCUCUUGCAGCGUGUAG